AUGGCCUCGGGCCGGAGGGGCUGGGACAGCGCCCACGAGGACGAUCUGCCCGUGUACCUGGCCCGGCCCGGCACCACGGACCAGGUCCCGCGGCAGAAGUACGGCGGCAUGUUCUGCAGCGUGGAGGGCGCCUUCGAGAGCAAGACGCUGGAUUUCGAUGCGCUGAGCGUGGGGCAGCGGGGCGCGAAGACCCCCCGGAGCAGCCAGGGCGGCGGCCGGGGCGCGGGGAGCCGGCCGGGGCUCGAGGCCGACAGCCCGCGCCGGGGCCAGGGCCAGGGCCAGGGCCAGGGCCAGGGCCAGGGCCGCGAGGACGCCAGGGAGCCCGCGCCCGCCGCGCCCGCCGCGCCCGCCGGGGUGGAGAUCCGGAGCGCCACGGGCAAGGAGGUGCUGCAGAACCUCGGCCCCAAGGACCAGAGUGACCGUCUCCUUAUCAAGGGCGGUAGAAUCGUCAAUGAUGAUCAAUCCUUUUAUGCUGAUAUUUACAUGGAAGAUGGUUUAAUAAAGCAAAUUGGAGACAAUCUGAUUGUCCCUGGAGGAGUGAAGACCAUCGAAGCCAAUGGGAAGAUGGUGAUCCCGGGAGGCAUUGAUGUCCAUACCCAUUUCCAGAUGCCACACAAGGGGAUGACCACAGUGGAUGACUUCUUCCAAGGGACGAAGGCCGCCUUAGCGGGAGGCACCACCAUGAUCAUUGACCACGUGGUACCUGAGCCGGAGGCCAGCCUGACGGAGGCCUAUGAGAAGUGGAGAGAGUGGGCGGAUGGGAAGAGCUGCUGCGACUAUGCCUUGCACGUGGACAUCACCCACUGGAAUGACAGCGUCAAGCAGGAGGUGCAAAACCUCAUCAAGGACAAAGGGGUUAACUCCUUCAUGGUUUACAUGGCCUAUAAGGAUUUGUAUCAAGUGUCCAACACAGAGCUCUACGAGAUCUUCACCUGUCUAGGCGAGCUGGGAGCCAUUGCGCAAGUUCACGCUGAGAAUGGGGAUAUCAUUGCUCAGGAGCAAACCCGGAUGUUGGAAAUGGGGAUCACUGGCCCAGAAGGCCACGUGCUGAGCAGACCAGAGGAGCUGGAAGCUGAGGCUGUGUUCCGUGCCAUCACCAUUGCAAGCCAAACCAACUGUCCGCUCUACGUCACGAAGGUCAUGAGCAAGAGCGCGGCCGACCUGAUCUCGCAAGCCAGGAAAAAAGGAAAUGUGGUUUUUGGUGAGCCCAUCACUGCCAGCCUUGGCACAGAUGGAACCCAUUACUGGAGCAAGAACUGGGCUAAGGCAGCUGCGUUUGUGACAUCGCCACCUCUGAGCCCUGACCCGACCACUCCUGACUACAUCAACUCCUUGCUGGCCAGUGGAGACCUACAGCUCUCUGGGAGUGCCCACUGUACCUUCAGUACUGCCCAGAAGGCGAUUGGGAAGGACAACUUCACAGCCAUCCCCGAGGGCACCAACGGUGUGGAAGAGCGGAUGUCUGUCAUCUGGGACAAGGCUGUGGCCACUGGGAAAAUGGAUGAAAACCAGUUUGUGGCUGUGACAAGCACAAAUGCCGCCAAGAUCUUCAACCUCUAUCCCCGCAAGGGGAGAAUAUCUGUGGGUUCUGACAGCGACCUGGUGAUUUGGGACCCAGAUGCGGUGAAGAUCGUCUCGGCCAAGAGCCACCAGUCGGCUGCGGAGUAUAACAUCUUCGAGGGACUGGAGCUGCGCGGGGCCCCUCUGGUGGUCAUCUGCCAGGGCAAGAUCAUGCUGGAGGACGGCAACCUGCACGUGACCCAGGGGGCAGGCCGCUUCAUCCCCUGCAGCCCGUUCUCUGACUACGUCUACAAGCGCAUCAAAGCCCGGAGGAAGAUGGCAGACCUGCAUGCGGUCCCCAGGGGCCUGUACGACGGGCCGGUGUUUGACCUGACCACCACACCCAAAGGGGGCACCCCCGCGGGCUCCACCCGGGGCUCCCCCACGCGGCCCAACCCGCCCGUGAGGAACCUCCAUCAGUCGGGAUUCAGCCUGUCUGGCACCCAAGUGGAUGAGGGGGUCCGCUCGGCCAGCAAGCGUAUCGUGGCACCCCCUGGAGGCCGCUCUAACAUCACGUCCCUGAGUUAAGCGACCCCUCCCCAAAGAGAGGGGCGGAAGCAAGAAGAGAUUUUCUUGAAGCCAAAAUGGUACACCAAUAUUUAAGAAGGAAAGCGAAUCCAAACAGUUGCGAUCUAAAGAAUCAAUAAGCCUCAAGCCUUAUGUUUCUCCAAUGCUACACUCGCUUGCCUAGCUUUACGAAUAUUGCUUUGUUUUCUGUUUAUGCAUAGCCUUGAUUUGUUUGACCCCCUCCCCCCAUUUCCAUGCAUGCAAUCAGACAGGCUACUAAGGUAAAAGCGUCUGCUAUAUAGUGUUGAGCGCGUGUGUAGUGCUGCAUUUUAUGACAAGGGGACAGACAAAGCUGGGAUGUCAGGAAAAUCAACAAAAGGGACGUGGGUAUUGGUGGUGAGGGGGUGGUGGGAGCCCAGAGUAAGGCGGAAGGCUCCGAGGGGCUGGGGUAGGGUGUGUACGGGGAGGCGGGCGGGUGGGUGAGCAUAAGGGGGCUUGUGUGUUGUGUUGAAGCACGUUUAUUUCCAUGGAUGAUGGCUACUUGGGGCCGCCGCCCCUUCCUCACGGUCUCCAGGGGUCUGCGGAGAAGGCAGGCAGUCUUCAGGUUCCAGACUUUGUCACAUCCCCUCCUAGAUUUUAUUCCUUUGAACAUUUUAUUAAAACACCAAAACCCAAACCAUCACCUUCACCUGCUCGAUCAUGCCAGUGUUUCGUAGGGCCUCUUUCUCAGUGUUGCUUUCAAAUUCUCCUCUUUCCUGGGCCGGGAAGGAAGAGAGGAGGAAACCCUCCUCCCUCUCUGUCCUGCCUGCCUCUCUGGUGCUCUUUAAAAGGCAGCAGCUGGGAGCACACGCAGGCCCUCGGGGCGGGGCAGCCGCGCUCACAUGCCUUCCUCUAAACGCGUGUUGGAGAUCAUCACCUCACGUGCUCGGGGCCUUGCCCACCCGGGAGAGCAGCGUGCAUCCGGCAUCCUGAGUUAGGACAAGCCGAGGGGGACCCCCAGGAAGGGCUGCUCUUGCUGGCGGUGAGUGGCCGAGUCUUUCCAUCUCGAGUUCCAGGCACAUCUGUGAUUGGAUAGGAUUUGGGGUUUGAAAAUGUAUGUGCUUAGGUGUUCUAGGAGUUUCGCUGUGAACAGGUGGUCUCGGUUGAGGUGGGAGCCAAGCAAGGAUUUGGGAAAGCCAGUCUGUGAGGCUGGGGCGGGGGGCACAUUCUGGGACCAUGGGUCUGCUUUUCAGCCCUCAACUGUCUGCCCUUCCUUCAGCACAUCCUCUGGGGGAGCUUUUGGUGUCUUCCUGCAGCCCCCAGGGUGGUGGAAGUGACGUGCAGCCUUGUGGGGUGUGGCACAUAACAAAGUGGAGCUCAGUGUCCAUCUCCCCAUCCUGCCGCUUCUGAAAGUUCAAUGUGAGCCAGAUGAGGAUCUGUAGAGCUAGGGGGGCCGGGGGCAGAGAGAACAUAGUCGCCCUGGGAUCAGAUACCUGUGCUUGUGGGAUGCAGCUGGCAGGACCCCCUAAGCCUGCGUACUAGGGACUUGAAAGAAAAAGAGCGGGCCUCGGACACCUUUCAGGUGCUCAGGUUGAAGCUGCUUCUCUGAUGGCACUUCUCUAGCUGAAGACCAGAGAGAGGGGAACAGUGUGGCUAAAAAGGGAUUUGGAAAGAGCCAGCGAGGAGGAUGUCCCCCAGCCAGCUAAGCACUGUUCUGGUCGUGAGAAUGAUCGCUGCUCCUCAUAAUAGGGAAGCAUGCUAUUCUAAGGCUUGUUCAUGGUGCCUUUAUUUUAAAGGAAACUUAAGGUGGGGGAGCACGUAGCUCUUGAUUUGUGACUCAUAGAUUUGCUGGCCUGUCGCAGAACUCAGAAUGAAUGACGGGUUUGCAGGCAGAGGGAGAUUGUCCGACCCGAAGCAAGUACACGAAAUACCUCCGGGCCUCCGGGCCGGGCUGUUCUGCGGGGCGUGUUGCAGUACCAGCCACAGCCACCGGGUGGAGGGAAGAAAUCAACUAGAGGGUGCGUCCUCUUGUGGACCCUGGGCUCCUGGUACCCAGAGUCCAGCUCCUCCCUCCAUGACCUCUCUGUGCCAUGACAAUAAAUCUUUCGUGGCCAGGCUGGUCAGCUGCACUGCACCGGGGCUGCUGAACGCAGCGUUCAUUCCCCCCGAACUGGAUAGCCUACACAAGCUCUCCACGCUAACGCCCUCAUGAUGUGCAACAAGGUUUGGGAAAGCCCUUUCUUCACUGACUAGAAGUAAUUUCCCAAGCACAGAGAUUCCUAAGAAUUUCAAGAAAAAUCCCUCUCUUUCCUUGACUUUGGUUUCUCGUACCUUGUUACUGGAGUUAAAGUUUAUAUUCGAAUGUGUCCUGUUCCACAAGGCACACAUCAAAGAGCCCUCCCUACACACGGGGUUUAGGAAGAGAAUCAUGAUGCAAGCCACAGCUCUCUCGGAUUCACGGCAUCUCAUCCAAGUGUGGGAGGGCAUGCUGGACCUUCAUCUCCUGCCCAAGCUUUCUUUGGCCCUCUCAUCUCUUGGCCUGGCCCUCCUCUGAGGGUCCCCCAGCUGUCCCCCACCUUCUCAUUAUUCCUUACCCAGAUAGCAGUCCACUGGGGUUCGCUCUGGGAGGGCCAUAAUCUUGGGUAGUUGAGAAGGUAUUCGUGGAAUUGUUAGACCAGCCAACCUCACCCCGUAGAGGUAUUUCUCCUAUUUCUAUGUUUUCUAAAAACGGCAGUGUUGGAGUCCUCCCAAAAAUGGGGUUUCUUCAGAGACCGGUCACCCUUUGGCCUUUUUCUUCACACCUACACCCAGAGAGUCAUGCUCUGCUGCAAAGGCCUUACUUGCACUCACCCUGAGAAGCCCUUCCCCACAGGGUGGAUGAGCCCCGACUUUGGUUCUAGCCACAAGCUUCCCAGGCCUUCCCCCGCCUGGAAAAAUCCAGCUGGAGUCCCAGAUAUAUACCCAUGGGCUGUCCCAGGCAGCCAGCAUUCAUUGUAAAAGUUCCCUCUUUGGAAAACGGUGUGUGGGUGUUCCGUUCUGUGUCCGGUGAAUAUGAACAGACCGUAAAUCUCCCUGUGAUCUGUGGUAGCUGUGAGGCAGCUCUGGAACGUGAAGAGCUGUUUGGUUUGAACCGUGAAGAAAACUGUGUUUUGAGUUUAGCUGAGAUUAAGGAAAAGUUCAUCAAGUGACUGUUAAUGUACACCUGGUUAUUAAAAUAACUAUGAAAUUA